CCCCUCACUGGGGAUUCUAGGCGGGGCUCCACCCUGACCACGCCCCCAGCCCCUCACUGGGGAUUCUAGGCGGGGCUCCACCCUGAGCCACGCCCCUGGCUUCAUAAUUUUUAUUUUUAAUUACCAAAGGAGUAUGAAGAGCUCAGGUGAUCCAGAAAUGUUUGUUCAUGAGAACCAGUCACCCUUACCUUCCAGAAGUUUGCCUAUGAGUUCUCUCUGUGGCAUCAUAUGUCAAUCAAAUAUAUUUAUUUAUUUAUUUAUUUAUUUAUUUAUUUUUACUUCUGUAGCAGCAUAUAUCGUCUGUAAUACGUUCGCUGUGACCCUUCCAUCUGAGUGUCUACUGUCUCUCGUCCCUACCCCCACUGCCGCCGAGUCCUCCUCCUAAAUCAUCGUGUCUGGGAUUUUCUGACCUGACUGUGCCUCCCUCCUCCCCCAGGCCUUUCGCCGCCUGUCAGUCUUCCUACCCACAAGCCCCUCCUGGACAGAGUGAGGGGCUGGUGUGUGAGUCCGGUCCGCAGCUGGGGCUCCGCCUCACCCACAAGUCACCCAGGCCUCCGCUGUCGCACGCUCCCCCAGGCCGUCUCCCCCUGACCGGGAGGGAGGGGAUCGGCCGUGUUCACCGAUAGCACACAGACUUCCCAUUCUCCCCGCCCUGAACAAUCUUCGCCGACACCACAGGCCGAUGCAAAAAACGGCUAAUUGGACCCAGGCCUGGCCCUACUGCACAUUCUGUUUUAGUUUAUUUAUGGGGGACAGCGCACAUGGGAUCAGAGGACAACUUACCGGAGUCCUCAGCAAUGGCACCGUGGCUCCCAGGCCAUCCGGCUUGGCAGCAGGUUUUAAUUAUAUGUGUGGGGAGGGAGGGGUGUGAGCUUGGGAGCCAUGGGCGCUGGGAACCAGACUCGAGUCCUCUUGUUGCUACAGAUGUUAUCUGCAGAGCCGCCUCGCCAGCCUCUUAUCAAAUAUUUUUAUUUUAUUUGUAUUUAUUUUCAGUUUUUGAGAUGAGGUCUUUGUAGACGACACUGGCCUUACUCAGAGUCACAAGGAUCCUCCCCAGUGCACCACCAGGCCGCGCACAAAUGUUCCCAAUAUACAGAUCGGAAAGCCCAGCCUCAGGGCGAUGGCCUCGAGCAUCAUUCCCGGCAGGGUGCGGGAACAGCACUCAGGCCUGGCUGCCAGGAGGAGGCUCUGGGGACGGACGGACCCUGCAGACGUCCGCGCUGCGCCUGCCGAGGCCGCGAGGUGGCGCCCGUGAGGCUGGGCCGCCUGGUGGAGCGGCGGCCGGCCAGCAGGGGGCGAGCGUCCCCCGCGUAACCCCGCGGUCCCCAGGCCGCGUCCUCAUCGAUGAGGACGGCUGUCUCUGCAGCGCUCGCUCGUCCCGAGCCAGGCUGGGUCACCGAGCCAGACCCUGCCUCAAACAGGGGAAGGGUCCCGCGGCUCCCAGGAGCUGUGGCGCCCGGCGCCGGGCGGGGCCGCACCUCCGGGCAGCUCGCCCGCCGCGGGCCUCCCGCCUCGGCCUGGCACACAGCUGCACGGAGGCCUUGGCCGCUGUCCCUUUUUUCCAAGAAGGUGCUGGAACAGCAAAUAUGCCCUGCCACACCCAGUUUCUAUGGUGCUGGAGAAAUGGAGCCCAGGGCUCCGGCCACGCCACACAAGGACUCCAGCGGCUGAGCUACAACACUCAACAACUGAGCUGCAAGCACCCUCAACAACUGAGCUGCAAGCACCCUCAACAACUGAGCUGCAAGCACCCUCAACAACUGAGCUGCAAGCACCCUCAACAACUGAGCUGCAAACCCUCCCAACUAACCCACGGGACUGGGCUGAAAGGCGGGCACCACCACGCCUAGCAGUCUAUCCAUCUAAAGAUCUACUCCUCUACUUUAUGCACACGAAUGCACCGUCCCAUACCUGCUGCCCUUGAGGUCAAGAGAUGGUGCCGAUGCCCUGGGCGUAGGAAGGCCGUGAGCGGCCAUGCGGGAGCUAGCAAACAGAUUCUGGUCCUCUCCAAGAGCAGCAGCCAGCCCCUAGACGGCUGAGCCGCCUCUUAGCGGAAAUCAGCACACAGCAGCCGUCAAAGCCAGCCUGGCACACAGUGGGGCCGCAUUAACAGAUAAAGAAAAUAAUAAAGAAUAGAA